GACCCCUGCUAUAAACCAUGUCUUGACAGAGAUUCUCUGGUGGACACCACCACUCCCUUCCAGCUCUAUGCCUUCCUCAGGGCAAUUUGAGUCACUAGGACAGAAUUAGAGAGAUCAGAUGAAAAUAAAUUUACAGCAAUGUGAUGGGUGUGGCUGCUUGAGUACUUCCCUUUCUUUUGUGCAUCUGUUUGUCUCUAGGGGCAUGUCUAUACUUGCCAUUUAAAGCAGAAAAAGUCUUUUUUUUUUUUGGCGCAAAAACCAUGGGAGCAUCUACACUUGUUAAUGACUUUGUGAAGUGAAACUCAGCAGGUAAACAGACAUCCAUCUCUCCCCCUGUAAAGCCUUGGGAACUUUGAAAAUCCCCUUCCUGUUUUCUUGGCAAAUUCUCACUUUUUAUGGCCAGGUGACAAGGCCUGCUCCCCGGAGCAAAUGAUUUCCUGCUUGGAGCAAUGCUGAGCUACUGGAGUUGAUCAGUGUUUGGGGAGAGGAGGCUGUGCAGGGACCCAGGAUGCCCCCUCCCAUCGCCUCCGCCCCCUUCACACAAGACCCAUCCUCAAACUGGAGAGAGCUGCACUGUGGGAUAGCUGCCCUAGACCGCUGUUCUCCUCCGGAUUGGAAGUGCUGCUAAUGUAAACACUCUGAUGUCUGAGGAAUUAAGGGAGUACACAAACCAACAUGGUAUAUUCACCUGUGAAACUUAGUGUUAAAACUCUGCAAGUGUAGAUAUACCCUAGGAUUUUUACAGGUUGCCUGCAGCCCCCAUUAUGUCCUUCACUGCUUUCCCUUGCAGUUUUGCUGUUCUGAUAUUUGAUCACUUGAAUUUGACCCAGAGAAGCACCAGACAAAAAGAGGGAGCCGUCUGGUUUUGAGUAUUCAUCAAACAAGCAUUUGGAAAUCUUGAGAGUCCUGAAUUGAAUUACAUCUAGUAGAAGGCAUUGCUUGAAGUACUAAGAAAUGCUUCAUGAUUGUGACCGAGAGCUCCACAGAUCAUCGAAGAGCUGCUGUAAUAGGAAAAAACUCUGAAGCUGUAGGAUCCUGGAGAGGGGAGGUGUGAAUGACAGAGGAGGUGCCCCCAACUGCAGUUAGUGACAUAAACCUGCGUCUUCUCUGCCACGAUGACAUAGAUGUAGUGAAACAGCUCUGCGGUGACUGGUUCCCAAUAGAGUACCCUGACUCAUGGUAUCAGGACAUCACUUCCAACAAGAAGUUCUUUUCCCUUGGAGCCACCUACAGAGGCACCAUUGUGGGAAUGAUAGUAGCUGAGAUAAAGAGCAGAACAAAAGUGCAUAAAGAGGAUGGAGAUAUUCUAGCUUCCAGUUUUCCAGUCGAUACUCAAGUUGCUUACAUUUUAAGUCUAGGAGUGGUGAAAGAAUUUAGAAAACAUGGAAUAGGUUCCCUCUUACUUGAAAGCUUGAAGGAUCAUAUAUCGACAACUGCUCAAGACCACUGUAAAGCCAUCUACUUGCAUGUCCUCACCACCAACAACACAGCAAUUAACUUCUAUGAAAAUAGAGACUUUAGACAGCACCACUACCUGCCCUAUUAUUACUCUAUCAGAGGGGUCCUCAAAGAUGGCUUCACCUACGUUCUAUACAUCAAUGGUGGACAUCCUCCUUGGACAAUCUUUGACUACCUACAGCAUAUUGGCUCAACGCUCGCCAGCCUGAGUCCAUGUUCGAUUCCUCACCGGAUAUACCGCCAAGCUCAGAGUCUCCUCCGCAGCCUGCUGCCAUGGUCUGGCAUUUCUGCAAAGAGUGGCAUUGAAUACAGCCGGGCAACGUGACCCAGUCAGAGCGUGGCAGCAAAGCGAGAGGAUAAUUCUUCCCUUUAUCUCCUGAAUCAUCUGGCUCUGCACUGAUUCCAGUGAUGCGGGCUUCCUAUCAAGAACCCAGCCUCUUAAAAUUGACCACUCAGCUGUGGAUUGACUGAGAUUUGGUAGACCAUAUGUUUGACUUGCUGCAGCCUCGAUUUGCCGUCGUCUUGGCCCAGAGUCCCAAGGAAUCCUGUUGUGGAUUGACAGUCGUUGCUGUCUUAUAAGGGGUGUCACUGUGCUGUAGGCAAGUGGCCCUUCCCAUUACAGCUCUGUUUUUACACCUCCCCUCCCUCUCUCCUUGCUUUUGGCCAGUACUCACAUAGAUGCACAUAGUUGUACAUGAGAUGGACAAGGAUGUAGUCAUCUGCUUUGCCAUAGCAUAGCUAAUGACAGGAAUACACAAUAAGGCAAUCAACAUGCACUGACCAACCAUGUUAGAGCCCACAAUACAUCAGAGGGCCAGGGCUGGAGUGGGCCCGCCAUGUCCUCUCAGUCCAAGGGCAGAUGGAAAUGGGGCACAUUUCUCUUGGGCUCCCAUGCUCCUGCUGAUGAGUCUGUGUUGCUGCUGCUAACACUCCUGCCCACUCACAGGAAGGAAACUGCUGCUGAGAUGCCCAGAGAUAGUCAUCACCCCAUGACUUAAAAAGAAGCAUCUGAUUCAUGAUGCUCUAAAGUAGAACACAGGGAUUGAAAUUGCUGUUUCAUAGUGAAAUAUAUUUAUAAUAUACUGUGUAGAUCCUUCUGCCUUGAGUCUGAGCUAGAGCUCACCAGGAUAGGAGUGGGGGAGAUGUAUAGAGUUAUUCCUGUAGUUGGAGCCCUAGAGGGAAGCGUGAGCCACCUCCAUUCCCUUACACUGUCAAUGUUGGAACCUGAGUUAACCUCCCUCAGGCUGUUUAGGAAUGAGACUUGUUCACAGAUUGCUGCUUUUGAAGAAAAUUAGCUGCUGCCCCACUUGUGUUUAUAGAGACUGCAGGCCAUGAGAGAUGUGGAGGGGGUGCGCUGACCGGCAGCCUUGCUCGGUCCGUGCCAGGAGUUUGGUAUUGAAGUCCCUGUGGAGGCUGCAUCGUGACUGUCAGCAGUGAAACGCUUGCUUUGUUUGCACAAGACUUGUGCAGGACACUUGUCUCCUUAUGUGGAGCUUGCCAGACAUUGACCUCCCCAAUAGGCCGAAGGCCCCAGACCUCCCCCCAUACUGAAUUAGUGUGCAAAAAGACCUCAUAGCCACAGGAGGGGCACCUGAGUGCUAGCAGGACAUUGCAAUAGUGCUGUCCCAUCGGCUCUGCUAGUGGGAUCAGCUGGGACUGAGGAAAUAGGAGCAAAGCAUACACUGUGGGUAAAUGCCUGGCCUCCUUCCAGCAAUUGUCAAGCCCCUUCUUCCCCUGGCAGAGGCUGUGCCCCCUUGGCUCUGCACCCCCAUUCCCACUGUUCAUGUGGCCACUUUGAAACUGGGAGUUGGCAGAGGAUGUUUUGAACUAAAGCUGGGGUGUUGUCUCCUGUGGGUGGUAGGUAACUAGGAGGUUACUACAGAGACAGGGACUGAUGGGGUCUUACAGUGCAAAGUUGGCCUCUUAAAGUAACUUAAAUCUGCUGGAAGAAUUAGUUCUCCAGAUGUCACCUAAAGACAAGUAAAUGUCUAACUGUAGAGGAUAACUAUCCUCUUGCUAUUACCAUGUCAGCUGCUAUCUAAGUGGGGUGGGAAUAGUGUCCUAUCUUAUCAGAGGCCUCUGCCUGGAACUGCUAGCAUCCUAGAUAAAGGACAGUCUUGGCAACCCCCUCUUCAGGAAGCCCUUAAAGCCUGUUUUUAAUACAGAAUGUGUGCUGCAAAUACAGCUUGCACUCUGUAACCCUGUCCCAUGUGGGGUGGAGCCAAGGCCAGGAAGUGAAUGACUCGAAGGGAGAGCGCCUUUGGGAGGGGGGGGAGAACUAGAGGAUGGGUUGGUGGUGGGGCUGUGCAGCCAUCGCUGUGUGUCUAAUUCAGUGCAUUGAGGCAGGUAGAGCCCCUGCCUGAGAAAGAGGGUAGUGACUGACCAGCAUGGGCUGGGGCCAGUUUUGUGGGGAAAAUUCCAGUGAGGAGGGGAGAUCUAGACAGAGCCAUGCAGUGAUCUUCACUCAUUCAGACUGAGAAUCAGCCUCCUCUCCCACCAGCUCUGCUUUGUUUUUGUGCAUGUCAAGUCUUUUGGCUGGGGGGCCCUUCUCUUGCAAAGAAGUUGCCUUCCCAGGAGGAAUGGAAUCUCUGCAAAUGUAUGUGCAUUCCCUGCUCUGCAGCCAGAGGCAGCCCACCCAGCAGGCUGGGCAAAAUGACAGUCCUCCCCUCCUGACACUGAAAUGUCUUAGAUCCAGCUGGUAGCUGGUCCGGAGGUGACAGUUAGGCUGCUUAGAAGUGGGUUUUAGAAAGGGCUCCUCUGAGCCAAGCCUGUUUCCAUGGGUUGGGCUGACACCUCAGAGCAGAACUUCUCAGCCUUGUUCUCCCAUCACCUUGUUUUUUCUCUCGUUUCCCUGGCCCACCUGCCUGGUAUGGAUACCAGUGUGCUCUGUAUUUUUUGAGGGGCGAAGAAGAGAAAGAACUGUUCCCUACGCUGAUAAAAUUUGCUAAAAGUUUCCAUUGGAUUAUUAGGAAAGUUCUAACCCAGUAUUCAUUAUGCACUCAAGUGCUGGGCCACAUGGGAUGUUAAAGGCUGCAGCCCUUGUGGGGCACAUCCCUAUGCUAAUGGCAAGGGCAGCCUCCCUCUGAGCUGCCCAGCCCAGGUCUCCAGACUCUGGCUGAUUUACAGCAGCCUGAGGUUUCCUCUCCCUUCAGUGCCCAUCUGCAUUCUAGCCAAGAAAUGCCAUCCUGCUUCCCCUGUUAGACCUGUGCUGUUGGUGGUAUGGGAGCUAAGAGGGUGAGGAGACUUGAGACCUCUGAAAUAGACUGGAUCUGCCCUUCACUGGCAACCUGCUGUCUGAGCAGUUAGGAGUGGGUGCCAUGCAGCUUCCUCCUGAUUGCCGAGCCUUGUACUGCUCCUGGUUGGGCCUGAGUGGAAUCUUUCUAGUUGCUGUGGGCAGGAUGUGGAGGAAAUGUGGACAACCUAGGACUGAUGGGCUUUUCCUGGGGAGGGGAAGUUACCCUGUAGAACCUCCUUGUUCACUCUCCCUAUACCCAUGCAUGUGUCCUAGAACUGCAUUUGUACUUUGUGUGCACUAAUGAAGCGGAGGGCCACAUGGCUGAGUUAGCCUGCUCUUAUACACACAGGAACCACAAGGGGGAGAGAUCAGUCUGUUUGGGAUGCAGCCACUGUAUUAGCAUGUGCCACAGAGGAACAGGUUCUCUAGCUGCCAGUAAGAUCACCAACAAUCCUUCAGUUGUGGGGCUACCACAGAGGCACUCAGAGACUGGGUCUGAUUGGCUUGAACUCCUAUUAUAGACCCUUCGUAGAGAGGCCUUGCCAUUCAGUUGUGUGACAGAUGGCUUUAUUCUCAAUGUGUUUUUAGAUGGGGCCUGUUGGUUCUUCCCACUGUAAAUGAGUUGGGUCUCCAGUGGAAAAACCCCUGAGCACUCCCUUCUGUGCCAGGGAGAUUUUCCCAGGCAGCACAGCCAUUGACAAUUUGCUUUGGCCCAGGCUUGAAACUCUUCCUGGUAAUGCUGUAUAGAGGCUCCUAGCUGUGAAAUUACAGGGGUACCUACUCAAGCCCAGCUCCCUGCCCAAGCAGACUUAGCCAGAUGCACUGUUUGAGCUCCCAAUCAUGUAUCCUACACUGUAGUAUUUAGGACAGUGAAUAUACCAAUGUAAAUGACCCUUGAUCUAGUGGCUCCUGGCAGAUUCCAUUUCCUCACCUCCAGAGAGGCUGUGGUUUCUCAAAGCAGCUUAACCUAAUUUGCAGUAACUGGUUUUGUAUUUUUUUCCCAUAUGUAGCUCAUUUUUUAAAAAGUAUACACUUGUGCUUGAGGAGUUAGUUGCUGAACAUGCUUCAGUGUGCAGUGGGUUUGUUUUCCUUGCACUUUACUAUCUCUCUGAAAUGGCUGUGCAAUACAGAAUCUUUUUUCCUGUAGGCCUAGGUUUGAACUCUUCCAACUGUUUUUGUACCUGUGGCUGUUGUCCAUUCUAACUCCCAGUGCCCCAGCAAUGAAGCACGUCCAGAGAAGCCAAGCUACUUCUCCUACCUGUGAUGCCCCUUUAUGAACUGUCCUCAUUGCAAAAGCUUGUCAGCCACACAUCACCCUGUCACAACCCUCCUGCCCCCUGUAUUUAUUGAAGAGCAUAUUGCUGCCCCAGUCAGCCUGUCUCUCUAAAUGUCUUCAAUUAAAAUGAUUUUUUCUUUUGUGA